UCAUGCUUUUGGGAAGCCCAUUCAUUUGAGCAACUUGGGCUUUGGAUUCCGCAUCUUAUUAGCGAGCGGGGAGUUUUCUCCAUUUUCCUGUUGUAUCCAGCACGGUUUACAAAUCUGGGGGAUUUUUUUUCCUGUCUCUGUGUGUGUGUACAUAGAAUUAUUUUUUUUCGGGGAAUUUGCAAAGGAAGGAAGGAAUAUUUUUCACACCUCCUCUCAAAAUUUUUUUCCGCCAGCCUUCAUCUAAAUUGACACAGAGAGCAAUGGGAGCCCAAUUCUCCAAGACCGCAGCCAAAGGCGAAGCAGCUACCGCCGAGAAGCCCGGAGAAGCGGUGCCAGCGUCCCCAUCCAAGGCAAACGGCCAGGAAAACGGUCAUGUGAAGGUAAAUGGAGAUGCAUCUCCUGCUGCAGCUGAGGCUGGAAAGGAAGAAGUUCAAGUCAAUGGGAGUGCCCCUGCAGAGGAAACUGGCAAGGAGGAAGCUGCUUCAGCUGAAGCAGCUCCAGAGAAAGAGGCGGCUGCAUCCCCUGCUGAAGGGGAGCCUGCAGAACCUGCUUCUCCAGCUGAAGGAGAACCAGCUACUAAAACAGAGGAAGCAGGUUCAACCUCUACCCCUUCUACCAGCAAUGAAACCCCCAAGAAGAAAAAGAAGCGUUUUUCAUUCAAAAAAUCCUUUAAGUUGAGUGGUUUCUCCUUUAAAAAGAACAAGAAGGAGAAUAGUGAAGGAGCAGAGAAUGAGGGUGCUGUUGCUUCCACUGAGGAGGCAAAAGAGGACACUGCUGCAGCUGCUCCAGAGGCUACAAAUAGAGAAGAGGCCAAACCAGCCACAGAGGAGGCCCCUGCAGCCAGUUGCACAGAGGAGAAAAAGGAGGAGCCUGCAGCAGACGCAUCUCCUGAAGUAGUGGAAACCAAAGCAGAAGAGGCUGCACCAGAAAAACCUUCAGUAGAAGAAGCUAAACCUGCUGAGGAGCAGAAGCCUGAGGAAAAGCCAGCAGAGGAGGCCCCAGCCCCAAGUGCUGCUCCUGAAGCCCCAUCCACUGAACCAGAGGCACCCAAAGCCGAAGAGCCAGCAGUUCCUACACAGGAAGCUACAUCUGAAUCUAGUCCAGCAGCAGAUUCAGCAGAGUAAAAUAUGGUAGUUUUGUGAUAAUCAAAGGACUUUUUUUCUCCCCUUGUUUGUUUGUUUGUUGGAGUGGUGCCAGGUACUGGCUUUGGAGAACUUGUCUACAACCAGGGAUUGAUUUAAAGAAUUUUUUUUCUGUCUUUCUCUCCUUACAGAUCCUAUCUCAAAUUGUUUUGUUAUCACCAUUCCAACAGGCCGAGGUCUAAAUCACAUCAUCGGCCUUAUUCCCCCUUUUUUUUUUUUAUUUUGCAUCAGUAUUAAUGUUUUUUGCGUACUUUGCAUCUUUUAUCGAAAAUGUAUACUUUUGUCAGUUUAUGGACAAUUACCCAUACAUGAAGGCGAUGGGUGGAUCUUAAGGGAGUUUAUCAAAUGAAGUGAUAAGUCACAUUGGGAUUCAGGUGGUGCAACAUUGCCAAGAUAUUGUGCCAUGUGGAAUGGGGGUUUGUGUUUGUUCGUUUUUUUUUUUUUUUUUUUUUGUUUGUUUCUUUCAGUUUUCUUUCAUUUGGGCUUUUUUUUUUUUCUUUGAGAAAGUUAUGUAUGUUGUGAGGGGCAGCCUUCUACAAGGUUUACAACACUAAAGGUCUUUACUUAGAUGGCAAGAAAAACGUAAAAUACAAAAACUCAAUACCCAGAUCAUAGUUUUAGUAAUUCAGUUAAACCAUAGGAACUUUUCACUUAUCUCAUGUUAGCUGUAUCAGUCGGUGAUUAAAUAGAAAUACGAGUUGUAUAGGCUUUAUUGUUUAUUGCUGGUUUAUGACCUUAAUAAAAUUGUAAUUAUGUAUUACCAGCAGGGUGUUUUUAACUGUGACUAUUGUAUAAAAGGAAUAUUGAUUAUCCAAAAGCACAUGAAGUUUGCAACUCCUUUCCACCCUGCCCAUUUUUGUAAAACUGCAGUUAUUUUGGACCUUUUAAACACACAUUUUAAACUCAACCAAGCUGUGAUAAGUGGAAUGGUUACUGUUUCUACUGUGGUAUGUUUUUUCUUUUUUUUUUUCCCCCUUUUAUUACAGCAGACAAUGCAUACUUUUCCAGUUGUCUUUAAGAAUUAUGGAAAACUCUUCAGAUGCAAUGGUUUUUUGUGUAGCAUCUUGUCUUUCAUGUUUUGUAAAUACUGGAGAAGCUUUGACCAAUUUGACUUAGAGAUGGAAUGUAACUUUGCUUACAAAAUUGCUAUUAAACUCUUGCUUAAGGUGUUCUAAUUUUCUGUGAGCACACUAAAAGCGAAAAAUAAAUGUGAAUAAAAUGUA